CAUAUCGUGAAAGCAUAAAGAAUUCUUGAAAAGACUGAAUUUUUCCCACAAUGGGGAAUCUUUUUCAUUUCCUACAGCAGAUGUAUGAUGAGAUACUGAUAGGUAGCCCGUUAUCAAAAGAUGGUCACAGUUAUGCAGUUCUUCUUGAUCCGCUCAUUCCAUCCCAAUGUUCAUCGGCAGAGACCAGCAAGUCUUGUGUGGAAAAGUAUCUGUUUUCUUCCGACGCUUGGUGCAUUGGGGAUUCUUCUCCUCCUGACACUCUACCUCUUGAGAUAAAUUCUGAACCCGAUACAGCUAACAAUCCACGGGAAAUAACGCUGCUUCGAUUAACCUUGAUCCCGAUGGUGAUCUCCAAAGUUCAGAGCCCAGGGGUGGAAGCUGGAAUAAAACAGAAGUAUCUUGACAUUGUUAGAGUCCUUGUGAAAGAAUUAAGCAUUGACUCAAAAUUAAUUUUCUUGUUACACACGUCUGAUAAGCUGAUAGCUCACAUGGCCUGUAAAGGUUUGGUCUCGCUUGUACAUUUUCAGUUAAGAGAAGAGGGUUCACUGAAUAGCUCCUGGCUCGCGUUUUGCUCAGAGACUCUGUCAAGAUUCCCCGGCGGCGGCCAGACUGCAGAAUGCCUGUGGACUCUUACGAACACAAUCCGAGAAAUUUUGAAAGAUGCAAGUUUGAACAAAGGAGGGGAGCUGAAGAAGCUCUUUUCUCCGCUUGAUAGUAUCUUGGAAGGCUUUUACCACCACCACUUGUCUCAGGUGUCUGAUCUUCCCAAGGAGGUUCCAGCCUCUGCAGAAUGCAUAAACAACUUGAGCGGUUUCCUCGAUCUCCUCGAACUACUUGUGGCCUCAAGGAUCCAAACGGUAGUGACCUUUGCCUGCCAACGGAUGGUCUUUUUGAAUGCCGCUUCUGUAUUGGAUCUGACUACCUCCCCUGUGCCCAAUUUCAUCAAAAAGAAAUCUGUUGUGCUGCUGAAAAGGGGCAUCCUUGGCAAAGCUGGUGAAGAUCUAGUAAUGGGAAAGGUGCCCCCUUCAUUCCUCCAAGACUUUCAUUUUGAUGAAGAUAGAACCGCCUUCUCCAGCACCGUACUGCAGUUUGUGAAUUCCGGGUGGCUGGAUCGAUUGUUUGCCAGUGAAAAGGUUGUCCACUUUGGAGGCUGUCAAGUUAGGCCUGAACUCAGUAUCUGUAGUGGUCCUGAUGAAGUGUUUUUCCGUGCCUUAAGCUUGGUUCUGCUUAAAGCUUUAGAGAUUGGGGUCCAGAAUUCUACUUCUGAAGCUGAAGCCCAAGUGUUUUUGGAGAGUGUUAUGUGCCCUUUGUUAUCCUUCUUAAAAAAUACCAUGAGAUCUUCCCCUUGUGCUCACCCGUUUAAGCACCCCUGCAUGUGGCUUUCCAAGCUCUUCAUAGAACAAGACGAUGACAUGUUUGAAGCCACAACAGCUUUAUUAAGAGUUCAUUUGCACUUUAAGAGGUUCUGGCAUGAAGCUGUGCUUCCCUCGUGCCUUGUGGAUGGCAGAGCCCGGGACACUUUGACACAUCAGAACGGCUGCAACCCCCAUUGCAUCUUUUUAUUUCUGCUGCAAAGCAUUGCGUUUGAUGCCACCCUUCUUCUCGAUUUCUUGAUUUCGUCAGAAACCUGUUUCCUGGAGUACUUGGUGAGAUACUUAAAGCUUCUGAUCGAAGACUGGCACCAUUUUGCCCAAAUCACCGAAGGCCUCGAGCCCACAGCUUGUGGAGGCCGGAGCUUUUCUUUGAAGGACCUGCCCUGUCAAGAGAAGAACACCAAGCAGUCACAGCUGAAUUCGGAGAGUGCUUUGCACGAUACGCAGCACUGUUCUAUGCCGCUUGUGACCUCUUCCCAGAAUUGCACAGUUGUGCGACAAGCUGACAACGAAGCUGUGAAACCCCACAGGCCGAGCUCUUUGAGAAGGCCUGAUAACAUGUCUUCACUGGGGGUUGUUCAAAGGCUGGUGGAUUAUGAAAGUUCAGAGGACUCUGAAGUAGAAGAGGAGUGUUUGGCAGACAGGACACAGAGGCCAUUAAAGAAUCCAGCCUGCUUGGAUGUAACCGCCUCUACGGAUGUUGCUGGCCAGGCAGAAACCUUGGAACGUAAUGCAUUGCUUCCAGAUCACAAGGAUGUGACUGUUUUGCCACCUUCUCAGCAAAAGAUGUCCCCAAACAACCCCAUAUUAGUGGAAGAAGUGCUUCAGAAGUCGUUGAAGUGUUUACAAGAACUGCAAAAAUCCAUUUCUCGGCUGCACAGAAGAAAUCUCUUCCCGUACAACCCGGCCGCUCUUCUAAAGCUAUUGACUCGUGUUGAUGCAAUUAGUAGAACAUGUGGAUCUGCUCCAAGCUAUCAAGGUCUAGGCACACACAGUUUCUGACCGCCCCCCCCCCCAACCCGGUAUCAACCUCCACAAUAGCAUCAGAUUAGCAUGCACCGAAACCUCUGCAUUCUUUGAGACUUGUCAGUAUAGUUGAAAGCAGGUUGGACUAGCUGAAGAAGGCUGACUCUGUGUAAUUGUAGCUCUAACAAUGUGUUUUAACAAUGAACAAUUUUGCCCUCAGGGUACCGUUUUGCCCAUAGGUCUCUGUAGCCAGAGCUUUGGGGAUUUUUUUUUAAAAAAACUACAUAUUAAUUCUUGACACUGUCAUUAUUCAAUGUUAUUUCAUGCUCAGGUGAAAGGUAGAAUUCCUGAUCAGGAAUAAUCAUAUUUGUACUUCUUGGAAAGGAGAAAUCGAGGUGUGUGUCUGCGUGCUUUACAGCCCUGAAGAACAGCCCACAAACCACAAAAGACUUACAUUAA